CCCAAGUACCCCCAGCGGCCCAGCCCCACCGUCUCCCGACGUUAUCCGAUUCGGCCAAUCCCCCGGCUUCGCCGGAGCCUGGCGAGGAAAGAAAGGCAGGGCCAUGGCGGGAGCCUUCGCUCUCCGCCUCGUGCCUCGCCUCGCCGCGGAGCCUCCCGGGAGGGGGAAGGGUGGCGGAGGAGGAGCCAGCCGCGACGCAGGCAGCAGGGCGCUGGUGUCAAAGAAACCAAACAAGCAGCAGCAUUUGUGGAUCAGGAAGGAGACAGCUGGGUCAGGGAAGAAGGCUCUCCGUCUUAUUGAUGCUGUUUCAAAGUUACCAAAUGAAAGAGAAGCUAUUUAUGGUGCAUUGGACAAGUGGAGUGCUUUUGAGCCUGAAUUUCCUAUUAUAGCAGCAGCAAAAGCUUUGGGGAUGUUGAAAAGGCGACAAAAAUGGCUAAGAAUCAUCCAGGUAACCAAGUGGUUGAUGAGCAAAGGCCAGGUGCUGACAUGGACAACGUAUGAUACACUUAUGCUUGCACUUUUUAUGGAUAAACGGGUGGAUGAAGCUGAGUCAAUCUGGAAUACUGUAAUACAGACUCAUAUGCGCUCAGUGCCCAAGAGGUUGUUCUCUCGGAUGAUCUUGAUGUAUGACAUUCACCAACGUCCAGAUAAAGUUUUGGAGAUAUACACUGACAUGGAGGAAUUAGGGGUGCGUCCAGAUGAGGAUACAGCGAGACGGAUCGGAAAAGCAUUUGUGGCUUUUGGCCAAGAAGAAGAAGAAAAACACGUCCUUGAGAAAUACUUGAAAAAGUGGAAGUACAUCCACUUCAACGGUGAGCGUGUUCGGGUGCGGAGGGACGGACCAUUGGCAUAAUAGUGCCCAUCUUCUGAAACGCUUGAACCUAUCAGUAUCAUUGCCGGCCGGGGAGAUGCCAUUACUGCCGCCGCUGUGAUGGGUCAUACACAUGUUAUCAGCACUCGUCCUCCACUGCUCUAGCCUGUGGAGACAAAUGGAGAGCGGACGGGUGGCUGGCUGGCUACUACUGACGAUGUAGUGAUUUAGGUACUGUAGAGUAGAGGCAUCCAGUGAUUGUGAUUGUGAUGGUCCCGUGCUAUAUGUUCUGAUCCGUGUUUGUGAAAUUGUGAACCAACUCCGUAUAUCAUAUCAUGUGAAGAACAAUACCUGACUGUUGGGCCCAUGUCUUGCAGAUCGCAUGCCACGAACCUUUUUUUUUUUCUGUUUC